AUGACAUCGUUCAAGGUGCCUCAGCCCAGCGAACUGACCAAGUUCUAUAUCAAUGGCGAAUACGUCAAGCCCAGCACCGACGAGGUCUUCACCGUUCGCAAUCCGGCAGAUGAUACGAUAGUGUCUAAUCGCGUGCCAGUAGGGACCCAGGGGGAUGUCGAUACCGCCGUACGCCAUGCUGAGGCAGCAUUCCACGGCGAAUGGAGUCGAUUCACAUCGGCAGACCGAGCUCGUUGUUUGUAUAGGCUGUCUGAGAUCUUAGACGAGCACCUGGAAGAGCUGCUUCGCCUCGAUACCCUCACGGGCGGCCAUCCGGUGUCGCUCAUUCCAACUCGAGAGAAGAAUUAUAUCGUCAACGGACUUCGUUAUAUGUCCGGCUGGUGUGACAAGUUCAAGGGCGAUUACCUCCCUGAUGACGACGGCUUUGUGAAGAUUGUGAAAAACGAGCCCCUUGGGGUUUGCGUAGGAAUCUGUCCGUUCAAUUCCCCAGUGGCCACGUUCUUCCAUAAGGUCGCCCCUGCCCUGGUGACUGGGAAUGUCAUGAUCAUCAAACCAUCAGAGAAGACACCCUUGGCCUCUCUUGCGCUGGCUCCACUCAUAGAGCAGGCAGGGAUUCCCAAGGGGGUGGUCCAGGUUGUCACUGGACCGGGAAAGACAGGCGAGCUCUUUUCCAAGCAUAUGCGUGUCCGCAAGAUCAGUUUCACGGGCAGCGUUGCGACGGGUAGGAAAAUCCAGGCGGCUGCCGCACAAAGCAACCUGAAACGCGUGACAUUGGAACUGGGAGGGAAAGGGUCGAAUGUCAUUUUCGAGGACGCCAAUCUGGACAACGCUGUCGAAUGGGCCCUCAGGGCCAUUAUGGCUCGGAGUGGCCAGAUAUGUAUUGCCGCUUCGCGGUUGUACGUCCAGAGAUCGAUCGCCGACGAAUUCAUCAAGAGAUAUGUCGACAAGAUGAGAGAAGCGGCAAAGCACAUGGGGGAUCCCUUUGACCCCGACACAGCCUACGGCCCUCUGGUCGACAAGCUUGCGUUUGAAAAAGUCCGGGGCAUGAUCGAUCGGGCCAAGGCAGGGGAGGCCGAGCUCUUGGUAGGGGGGAAUUCGAUCGGCAAGACCGGCUGCUUCAUUGAGCCGACUGUGUUUGUGAACCCGAAGCCCAAGGCUGAAAUCCUGACGGACGAAGUCUUUGGCCCAGUGUCGGUGAUCAGCACAUUUGACACAGAGGAAGAGGUCAUUCAGAAAGCCAAUGACACAGAAUAUGGGCUAAUGUCCGGAGUAUUCACGAGGGACAUCACUAGGGCGCUGCGCUUCUCGUCCAAGCUAGAGGCUGGCAUUGUGGGCGUCAAUUGCGCCAGUAUCCUCAACAUCCAAGUGCCCUUUGGUGGUAUAAAAGCGUCCGGAAUGGGCCGUGAGUUUGGAAUGGACGUUCUCCGAUCGUUCACAGAGACCAAAACAAUCCUUAUCAACAUGCGAUCGACCUGA